AUGCAGACCAAACUCGGGCCGGUCGACCGCCUCGAGGGCUGUUCCCGUCCCUGCUGCAAUGGUGAGAGAAGUUUCUUCCGGAAAGAGUCGCUAACCAACAUACCAAUGCCGACAUUAAGGAACCGGAUUCACCCUGUCUUUGCUCGGGAAAAGCUUGCGUGCCUUUACAGUCGGCUCCACAACCCAGCGAUCCUGGACCAUACCUUGCAGCUAGCCACGAUGUUGAUCGAAGCCUCCCUACCCUUUUGGCACUCCCUCCUAUUCGGAGAAAUGAGAAUGAUGGAGGAGAGGCAGGUGAGUGAGGGCCGUGACGGCCUGCCUCGUCACGAUCUACAAUGGGAGAUUGUCAACGAGCUAAAGUACACUGAUGAAAUACCCGAAGCACUGACCCUGCCACAGCAGGUGAAUGUCCGAAUCAGACUGAUUGAGCUUGCAGCACACAUUACAUACGUACUUAUUCCACCUGUAGAAGAAGAGGAAGAUGAAGAGGAGGAGGAGGAGGAGGAGGAGGAACGAGAAGAGGACGGAAACGCCUGGACCGUCUCUAAAGAUUGGAUCCAUUCCGACCACGACUCACGAGCCGAUUUCUUCAACGGCCGCAGAUCCGUCAUCCAACUCGAAGAGACGUUCGCCGAAAACUUCGCACGACAUCAACACCUCCCCGACACCGACCCCCUGAGCUACCAGUGGUGCGCCUUCGCCACCGCCAUCACGCUAGUCCACGAACUCGCCCACGCCGCAGAAGUCGCUCGCCGCCCCGUCGUCCUCGGCGACGGACUCGACCUCAACCGUACCAGCCUCGGAAAUCUCUAUUUCGAAAACUCUCCAGUUUCCGAGACCGGCUUCGAAUGGGAGUCUCGCACCUUGGGCGGCAUGAUCAAUCGUUCGCAAGGUCCAGCCAUGUAUCACAAUGAUCAACGUCGCACCCACCUGGGCCGCCUGUACGAAAUCGACGGUCACGCGGUCCCGUUUCCCGGCAUGAUUUGCACCACGGCCUGGCCGGAUCCGGAUACGUUGAGGCUUUAUGAGAAAUUGGGGGAGAGUUUUGGGACGAGGAAGGAUAGUGAGCUUUCGUUUGACCUUGACAGACAGGUGGGGAGGUCGGCGAGUGUUUGCUUUGAAUGGGUGCAACGGUUGUUUCGCAGGGAGACUUGGGAAGGUGCUGGGGCUGGGUUUCGCGGUUAUGGGGCUUUGUGGCCGAGGGACUUGGUUUGGAUGACUGAGAGGGAGUGGUAUUGA